CAAGCCUUGCGAGGACCCCCCCAGCUCCCCACACUGCUAUUUCUGAACAUUGCACUGUGUUCUUUUCACAGGUUCUUCAGGACAGAGAUACCCUGGUUCUGAGCUGAGCCCCUGAGCAGCAAAGAGCUUUCGCUUGUGCGGUACAUGAAGUGCGACCAGGGCGUCACAGAGUACCACAGGGAAACAAACCUCCGCUCCGAGUGCUGUAAUAUGCUUUUUCCAUCCAUGCUGUGUCAGUCCAUCGUCUGGGCCACCAGCUGAUGAGAUGGCACAGAGCGCCAAGCUCCAGCCAAGCUUUGAGGACAUUUUUAGUGUUCUAUCCCAGAUCCCACAAGAUAAACUCCUUAGCCUCAAAUAUAAACUGAAGCACUUGAUAUCUGGGCCCAGCAGCAAAUUACUGCAAGCCAUGGUCCUGCUUACUCUGGGGCAAGAAGUGGAUGCAAGAAUUUGUUUGGAUGCCUUGGGAGAUAACCGGGCAGCCCAGUAUGUCCAUCAGACCAAACUGGGUGCCACAGGAGUGCAGGAAGAUGGGGAGGAUUUGCAGCCUCCCCAGCUGGAUGCAGGUGCCAUGGCGCUUCUGGCACAGAUCUACUCAGUGUUGGCGGAGGAAAAACUGUGCAGUCAUGAAGCCGUGGACAGAGCCCGCCAGGCUGCCACCAAAGCCUGCAAAGCCAGCAAGGAAACUCAGGGGGACACACUCAACAGCAUCCCACCUGAGGACCAGGAAAAACAUGGCUCUGCUGUCAGCAUGGGCCCAGGUGACAAAUUUCAGACGCUGAGCUCUGACGUGGGAUUUCUCCAGCCGGCCAGCCCAAACUACGUGGUGAGAAGUUCUCCAGUGCAGAUUGGAGGCAACUCAGACCUUUCAGGCCCACGGACCUUGCACUCCUUGGGGAGUCCCUCUUUCCCCAGUUGCUUGGAGAUCAGUGCGUCUCCAACAGUUGUUUUUCACACCCAACCUUCUUCCCACGAGCAUGUCCCCCAGCCCAGCCGGCUGUGCAAAGGGAGCACCAGCAGUGCUGGGCAGCCUGAUGGGGACAGACAAAGCUGCGGCCUGCACGAAACAAGCUGGACCAGCAGACCCAACUCUCAUCCCGGGCAGGACACGGGUGCCCAAGUCCCCCGAUCGGAGAAGGUUCUGCAGGUCAGUUCAUGUCGUCCGACUCCCCCUAUUCCUGAAAUACAGCUGCCCACAAUGGGUGCUGUGAACCAACCUGUCGAAAGUAGUGAUGUUUCCAGCACAGUGGCAGCAGAAACUCAUACACCAAAAGAAAACACAGACAAAAAGCAAGAUGAAAAGCAAUUACCUACGGGUCUUCCUGACUCAAGAGCUACAGUGGAUACUGGUCCUGCCCACAUGUCCAUGGAGGACUCCCAUGUUCCAGCAGCCAUUCCUUCUAACUCUGCACCUACUUCCAUUUCAACCUAUUCCCUUCCUCCUCCUACCUAUUCCUUCUCCUCCACCCUUCCCCGUCCUCUUCAGGGAGCUCCUUCCAACUUAUCAUAUCCCACUCCCCUUCACUCAUCCCCCUCUCCAGCCUGGCCUCCUCCUCUUCAAACUGUAGAACCACUGCCCACAUCAGAGCCAGGCGGGGGAAAGUUCUUCACUUUUGUUGUCCUGCAUGCUAGCCAAGAUGAGAUUGUUGCCCAUCGGGUCAAGGACCUGCUGGAGAACAUGGGGGUUCCCAAUGGUGCUACACUCUGUGAGGACUUCUUCAUUGCUGGACGCAGCCAUCUGACUUGCUUCCAGGAUGCUAUGGAAAACUCUGCUUUCAUCAUCCUUCUGCUGACCAAGAACUUCCCAUGCGACCUGUGUAUGUUUCAGACAAACACUGCUCUGAUGGAGUCCAUCCUGAAACCAUCCAAGCGUGACUCAGUCAUCCCUUUUGUGCCCAAGGAGAACCCCCUGGAGCGGAGUCAGAUUCCCAGCACGCUCGGCGGGCUGAUGCCAUUAGAUGAGAACUCUCCUGGGUUCUCCAGGACAGUGCAGAACACCUUUACCACCAGCAGGAUCAAUGAAAGGAAAGCCAUGUGGGACCUGAUGCAGAGAAAGAAACUACAGCUGUAUCAGGAACGGUAUCAAACACUGCAGAACUUGGCUGCUCUCAACCUUGGCUCCCUUCCCCAGGUGCCUCUGUCAGCAACACGGCUGGAGCUGCUGGGGCAAUCACCCCAACAGUGGUGCCCCCCUGCUUCGACUGUCCCUCCUGCCACAUACCCACCUCCACCCGCUGGUCACCCCAUGCCUGCUCAGAUGGGUCCCCCUCCUUUCCAACCACUUAAUCUACCAUCAGGCCACUACAACAUGAUGCCAGGUCCAGGAGGCAUCCCGUCUCUCAUCAUUCAACAUGCUCGAAUGGUUCAGAUUGGGGAUCACAACGUGAUGCAGGUAGAAACUGUCACACCAGGUCCACAGGACAGGGAGGAAGAAACCAGGUAGAAUGCUUGAUCAGAGACACAGCAGGUCAGCCAAGGCCAGAGACACUCACACUUAGUUUCAAACCCUAGAUGAUAGUGAUUCUUCUGGGACUGGGACUAUUCUUAUUUCACUGUGGGUAAAAGGUGCCACUUUCCUGGAGCACAGGAGAAAAUUACCUUCUUUUUUGUUGGACAAAAGAGCUUGCAAUCUCCUGAGACUGUUUUCCUUGUGCUUAUUUUCAAGUAACUAAAAAAACUCUUUUCCUGAUUUCCUGAGGCUACUGGAAGGUUUUAUAAAUAAGUUUUAAUUAAUUUAUUUGUGUUUCUCUGGUUCUUUCCUGCAGAAUUAGCAAAGGGGCAGUCAGGGAUAUCUGGAAAACUGUUCUGCAUGUCUGCACCUCUGGGGUGGAGGAGGCUAGGAGAUGGCACACCAGGGUUCUGUUUCAUAAUCUGCUGCUGACCAAAUAAUUUGAGGGAAAAUCUUCAGGGGACGCUUUGGGGAGUCGCUGUGGCCCCCUGUGAAGGUGCAAAGCACCACGAGGUCCCACUGUUUUCUUCCAGCAGUCCUCUUUGCUUGGGGUUGCAGAGUAUCCUCUGGCCCGUCACACUGAUGCCUACUUUGUGUGCAUGGUGCACUCCCCUUGCUGCAGGGCACCAGCAGCACCAUUUCCCCUAAACCUCUCACAUCAGACCCAGGAAGGUUCAGGAAACCAGCUUCACAGACUUCUGAGAGGCUGCAGGCCUCUGCUGAGGCAUCAAGACAUCACUUUGCCCAGUUCCCCUCUGAAACUACAGAGAAAGAAGUUUUUUGUUUGAGAAAAGACAAAAUUCCCAUGUGCCCCUGGAGACAUGGCUUGAAGUAUUUUUGUAUUUAAGAAAACUCUGUUAAUGAACUGAGAUUACACACCAGAUACAAGGCUAAAUAAGAAUCUUUACAGUAAAGCUGUGCUUGGGCGGGGGGGGCGGAAUACUUAAGGAAGGUGAAAUGACAGGGGGGAAAUGUGGAGCAAGGCCAAGGAGGCUCCGAGAAGCUGAGUGUCCACUCCUCUGCUCUUACCUGCUUGUAAAAGGUCAGAGGUGGGACCAGAGCCUGUUGCACAGAGAAGUGUUCCCUACUGAGAUAACUCCACCUAUUUAUGUUAUUGCCUUUGAGGAAGAAGUUUGAUGAUAGAAAAAAAAA